AGCGUACAGAGACGCGGCGUUCCCAGGACAACGAAAUGCCAAACAACCCACAGUGGAAACCUAGCGACACACCAGGUGUACACCGGCUAAACCAUGCAUCUAUAUCAACUCCAAGUUACUGAAUCCAAAGUUGUUUACGAAUACAAGUGUUGAGAAGUUAAGUGAAGAAGGCGGGAAUCUACGAAAAGCAGCACAAACAUGAGUCGUCACUGGACGAUCAGCCAACAUGAGCGGUCCAGUGCUCAAAGGGAGGACCAGGAGCAGCACCGGCAGCAGGAGGCCGGGCGGUUGGACAGAGCGCGGCAGGUGCAGGCCGCUCUGCAGCACGAGGACAGCUUUGAGAGGAAGAGAUACCUGAGACAGGAGCAGGAGGAGCUCAAGGAGAGGCAGAUGGAGACUGCUCUGCUCAAGGCAGAGGAGGAGACAAUAUACAGAAAAAAGCAACAGGAACAAGAGGAGAGAAUGGCUAAAGAGCUGGCCCGCAUCAACAAUGAGACACAAAGAGAAGAGAAAAUGAGGCAGCAUAUUAUAGAGAACAGCAUGGAGCUUCGAGAGCUGAAGUCAAAGCUGAAGGCUGCGUAUGUGAAUAAGGAAAGAGCUGCACAGAUUGCUGAGCAAGAAGCUAUGAGGUUUGAGACAAUGCGUGAGGAUGCAGACUUAGCCCGCAAGAUGAAGAGCGAACAUGAGCGAGCAGGCGUUGAAAAGCAGAAGCUGGAGAAGAAACGCCAAGAGGAGCUGGUGCAGCAUCAGAGAGAGCUGGUGCAGCAGCUCGUGGAGAAGGAGCGCAGGAGACAAGGAGCAUACGAGGAGUUCCUCAAAGAGAAGCUCCUGGUUGAUGAGAUUGUCAGGAAGAUUUACGAGGAGGAUCAGAUGGAGAGACAGCUGAAACUGGAGAAGAUCAGAGCCACUCAGCAGCACAUUGAAGAAUUCAAGAAGCAGCAGGCCGAGUGGAGACGCAUGGAGCAAGGCAAGAUGGAGGCUGAGAACAAACGCAUCAUGGAGUUCGCGAGCCAUCAGGAGGACAGGGAGGAGAGUAAAAUGGCUAAGAUCAGAGAGAGAGAAGAAGCAAAGGAGCAUCUUCAUAAAAUAGUGUCUGAGAAGAUAGAAGAGGACAGGCAGCAGCGUGAAGAGAUGGAGCGAGUCCGUGAGGAACUUCAUUUAGAAGAACAAGAAGAAGCUAUCAGACAGAGAGACAUUGAAGAGAUGGAGAAGAAAAUCAGACAGCGGCUGAAGAUGUGGCAGACCUGCCAGCAGCAGAUGGCUUUCAAAGAGAUGCGGAGGCAGGCAGAGAAAGAGGAAGAGGAUGCCUUCAGGAAAAUGAUGAUGGCUAAGUUUGCAGAGGACGAUCGGUUGGAGCAGAUGAAUGCCCAGAAACGACGCAUGAUGCAACUUGAGCACAAACGCGAGGUGGAGAAACUGAUGGAGGACAGAAGACGGCAGCAUGAGGCUGACAUGGAACUGGAGGCUAAAGAAAUGGCGAUUGAGCAGGAGAGGCAGGCGCCUCGUCGACAGAUUGUUGAAGAAGAGAGGCAGCGACUUCUUAAACAUCACGCAACAAAACUCCUUGGAUAUCUACCAAAGGGUUUGCUUCGUGAAGAUGACCUGGAGCACUUUGAUGAAGACUUCAGAAAGAACUUAAGUGUGUAAAUGUUUUUAACUGAAACUGCAUACUAUGCCACCAGAUGGCAGUUUACGGUUACAGUGAACUAAUAAGCAUUCUUUAGUGACCACGAUGUUCUCUUAUUCUUUCAGAGUAUUCAUUUAGGGACUUCUGGGGAUGCAUUCAAUAACAUCAAAUGCAUUUUUUAAAAAUUUUAUUAGGAUUGUGCUGACAGGAUCUGAAUCAAAAGCAUUCCAGAAAAGAUCUAAAUGUGAUAAUAAUUAGGAGACAAAUCUCUAAAUCUAAAUUCACACAGAAUUCAAAGUCUUGUAUUUAUCGUCUCCGUGUUUAUGACUUCCCCCAGUCUAGAGCUUUCAUGAACUCGUCUUCUGUGAACGACAGCAGCUUGGCAGCUUCAAAAUGCAUCUGCACAAAAAAAAAAAAGAAGUCGGUUACGAUUUUGAUGAAACUAUGAACAGGGUGUGUAUUAACGGG